AUGCCAGCCUGCGCAGUUGCGCGGGACGACACCGACGGGAUCUCUGACACUGUCGGAAUUGCCCCACAAGCAACCAAGUCAAAUGACGAGCCGUCUCAAGAUAAUGUGCCUUUAGACCCAGAAUCAGAUGAGGAUAUUCCUGUUGAAGCCGAGGAGCUUCAGGAUGCUCUCUCGCGUCCCCCGCCUGUGAAUAGUAGCUACCUUCCGCUCCCUUGGAAAGGCCGAUUAGGUUAUCCCCUACGUAGUCGUGUUGCUUAUGAUGUGGAGGCCUGUUUGAAUACAUAUCUACGAAACGCGAAUCCGCCAGUGUUCUGUUCUCGGACCUGUCGCAUUGCCUCCAUUCUCGAAAACCGACACCCACUUGCGGAUCCUUCACAGCCGCCUCAUCCGACCAAGAACCGCCCAGAUCGGGGCCAGACGCCGGAUGUUGCCCGCGGGCAAGCCUACGUUGAGUCUUUGGGCCUUGUCAAUGCGCGAGAUCUCAUUAAGCUCCUGCGCUGGAAUGACAAAUAUGGCAUCAAGUUCAUGCGGCUGAGUAGUGAAAUGUUUCCUUUCGCCAGCCAUAAGGAGUAUGGCUAUAAACUUGCCCCAUUUGCAUCAGAUGUUCUCGCUGAAGUUGGACGUGUGGUUGCCGAACUAGGCCAUCGAGUGUCCGUCCAUCCUGGCCAGUUCACUCAGCUUGGCUCGCCCAGACAGGAUGUCAUCGAGAGCUCGAUCCGCGAUCUGGAAUAUCAUUCGGAGAUGUUGCAGCUCCUCAAGUUGCCUCCGCAGCAAGAUCGUGACGCUGUCAUGAUUCUCCACAUGGGUGGUGUAUUCGGCGAUAAAGAGGCCACACUGGAUCGGUUCCGGGAGAAUUACAAAGAUCUCUCACAGGAUAUCAAGAAUCGGCUCGUCCUGGAGAAUGACGAUGUGAGCUGGUCAGUGCAUGAUUUGCUGCCCAUAUGUGAGGAGCUGAAUAUACCGCUUGUCCUCGACUUCCAUCACCACAACAUCAUCUUCGACUCCAGCCAAGUGCGCGAGGGUACUUUGGAUAUCAUGAACCUUUUCGACCGAAUCAAGACGACUUGGACACGUAAGAACAUCACGCAGAAAAUGCAUUAUUCUGAACCUGUCCCCUCCGCCAUCACGAAUCGACAGCGGCGAAAGCACAGCAAUCGAGUGUCCACGCUCCCACCUUGUGACCCGACCAUGGAUCUAAUGAUCGAGGCCAAGGACAAGGAGCAGGCCGUUUUUGAGUUGAUGAGGCGGUUUAAACUGCCUGGGCACGACCUUUUCAAUGAUGUAUUGCCCUACACGCGGACCGAUGAGAACAAGCCUUUCAAACCACCUCGCAAAACCAAGAAGAAUGGAGGGUUCGUUGACCUCGAAGCUCUAGUCCCUCCUCCUCCUACCAUUCCCGAGGAAGAAGUAGGCAUGGGCGGUCCGGAAAGGAGAGUCUAUUGGCCACCAGGUAUGGAGGAGUGGCUUCGACCGAAGAAGAUCAUUCGUGUCAAAGCAGGGCAGAGCCCGGCAAAACCGAAUGCGUCGAAGAAGAAGGCAAACGCAAAUGAUGACUCGUCACAGAUAAAGGAAGAGCAUGCUGAUGAGGAAGAUGAGGCGCCAGCGACUCCCAAGCCCAAGACUCCUCGUCAACCCAAACGCACUGCAAGUGUGAAAAAGCAGUCAAGCAGGAAACGGAAGGCUUCGCCGACUCCGCCCUCUACUCCAUCGGUCUCUGAUAUCGAUGCUUUAGAUCUGGCGGAACCGCCCACUCUUUCUCGUACCGAGACUGCCAAUACCCGUCGUAGUCGCCGCGCAAAGACCGCGAAAAAGGUCAGUUACGCCGAGGAGAGCGACUCUAUAGAUCCCUUUCAUAUCAAGACCCUGGCUCCCAAAAUCCAUCCUCGCAGUCGCUGGCUAGCGCCCCCGCCGUCUUCCCAGUUCAAGCGCCAACCCCUCUUUCGGUUUCUCCCCUCGCUGCUUCGUCCCUCGAAUCGAGACCGACAGUCCAGUCCAGGCCGGCUCCUCCGUUUCUUCCGUCUCCUCAUCGGUCCUCACGCCACCCGCCGCGCUCAGCUGCGCCUUUGGGGUCUGCGGCACGAGACGAUCCCUGCUUUCCGCCAUCGAGCACAAGCAAGGGUUUAUCGCGCCAUCGUUCAGCAGCAAGCAAGACGGGCACAUAGACGUACAUCGGGCAAGAGGGGUAUACUUGAGCUUCUGUUUCUAGGGCGGACGGGACCAGCCAGGCGACUGGGCGCUGGUCCUGCUGGAGGGUCGCAGCUUGUCCCACGCGUGAAAGCUCUGCGAGCCGGAGGACAAGCCCCGGAUGCAGCUGCAAGAUUCUCGAUGUCCCAGUACGAAUCGUCCGCUUCUACAUCGUGGGGCGCCGGGAGUGGCGGGCGGCGCAAGAGGGUCUACGAAUAUCUGAAGGCGGCUAAUGAGCUACGACAGACGUAUACUGCGCAGUGGGGGACGCAGAGGAAUAACCAGCGUGAUUACAAUGAGGAUUACUACAAUACCCCUGGUGCUUUUUCCGAUGUGGAAAUCGCGCGGUCCGGAAAUGAGGAGAUGGUUCUAUUCCCAAGCUAUGCGCGGAGACUUGUGAAAGGGAAACGGCCGGAGGUUGAGGCUCGCCAGCGUCGUGAUUCGACUUCGACGAUUGACGAGUACCGUGGUGUGUCGGACGAUCCGGAGCCCGCGUCCGAGUGGACACGAUACGAGGAUGAACAUGCAGUCGUGGCUGUCGAUGUGCGAGGCUGGGUCUACGCACCUCAGCGCGGGCCAAUGACCCGGAAGCAUCGCUUGCUGAUUGCGCUGGCCAGGAAGUUGAGCGGAAUACCUGCUCCUAAUAAUACGACGGCUGAUAAUGGCAAUGCGAAUGCAGAUGUUGGAACCUCUACGAAAACGAACGGGGUUAGCGAAGAGGAAAUCGUUGAUCAAGAGGCACAGUCUAUCGUCAAUGACGCGCAGAAGAGCACGGAUCCCGUGUGGAAGGGCAGCGCUUCCGGUGAUCGCAGUUCAAGUGCUUCUCCGGGGAAGCCCGUGCAACGGGCAGCGACGAUGCCCGAGUCCUCGCAGUUGAGUAAAGAUGAGCUGACAGUUGCGAAUGCGCAUCUCAUGGAGAGACUGCGUCCGUUUCUCACAAACCCAAUGGCCGCGAUGCCUGUGACUGUUUUCUUCUACGACGACGAGCAAAGUCAAUCGAGAAACAUCAUGACCGACGAAUUGGGCCACUUCAAUCUCCGUGCAACGCUGCCGUUUGUCCCAACUCAUAUCCGCGUGUUGGCCUCCGAGGAACUGUCCGCUACAAAAGGGAUUCAGAUCGUCGAGCCAACAGGUGUCAGCUUGAUUAGUGACAUCGACGACACCGUGAAGCAUUCCGCCAUCGCAAAUGGGGCGAAGGAGAUGUUUCGGAACACAUUUGUUCGCGAACUGGCUGACCUCAGUGUCGAUGGUGUCACUGAUUGGUACAACAAGUUAGCCCAGAUGGGUGUGGAGAUUCACUACGUCUCUAACGCACCAUGGCAGCUCUACCCGUUGUUGGAACGCUAUUUCAAACUGGUUGGACUUCCUCCCGGGUCCUUCCACCUGAAGCAGUACAGCGGCAUGCUGCAGGGGAUUUUUGAGCCUACAGCAGAAAGAAAGAGAGGCUCUCUGGAACAAAUCCUGCGGGACUUCCCUGAACGCAAGUUCAUACUGGUCGGCGAUAGCGGUGAGGCAGAUCUUGAGGUUUAUACUGAUAUCGUCCUGGCGAAUCCUGGCAGAAUUCUCGGGAUCUUCAUUCGUGAUGUCACCACGUCAGACCGUAAGAACUUUUUCAACAAGUCUGUCGAUCAUCUAGAAGGCGUCCCUGCUCGAAGUUACAGUACUCCUCAACUUGUCGAUGACUCAGAUGCGGUAGCAAAGCGGCCUGCGUUGCCGCCUCGUCGGCCCCGUGAAUCCCCAGGGCCAUCUGCAGAUGCCAUUAGUAUUGAUAAUGGCGACCUGAUUGAUCUACGGGACGAAGUGCAAGAGAAAAAUAUACCGGCAGAUGCUCUCAAGCCCGCAAACUUCCGUACGCCGCCCAUGAAGCCGAGCAAACCCUCUUCUCUUCGAGCUGUGACGACGAAUUCGGAGCUGGCAGGAAAGGAAGCUUCUUCUCAAAUCCAGGAUGUCAUCCGGCGCAAGCCUGUUCCUCCAGUCCCCCCUCGCCGUCCAACUCCAACAGAUCAAGAGAAAUCUUCGAGCUCCCCUCAAGCAUCGGCGCAGAGUACAAGUUACGCUGGCAGCGUCAUAAAUGCAGUCCAAUCGGUCACAAACUCCCUCCCAGCCAUGACGAAUCAGUUACCGUUCCGACCUAAGACUUUUGACGGCAAUGUCGGGGUUGAUCAACAAUCUGACGCGACGAAGUUGACACGUCCCAAGCAAGCCCCUCCGCCUCCACCACCGCGGCGCACAAAUCCAGGGGCUUCAACUGUGACUUCGGAUAGCACCGGUAACCGUUCAGCAUCUCAGAAAACACAGUCAUACCCAGCUUCAGCCGCUGCUGCUGCGUUCCAGUUCGCGUCUGAGCGCCUCAAUUGGUCUGCGUCGCCAGCUAAUUCUCUGCGGUCCAGAGCUUCGACCCCAACGUUGAGUCGUUCCAGCACAAAUCCUGUGAACAACCAAUCAGACCCGUCGUCUGUUCCCCCACCUCCUCUGCCAAAUAAGAGAGAGGAGCUGUGGCGACGGCGGUGGGAACGAGCUAAUGAGCUCCUAGCGGAGCAGGGAGUUGUGCUGGGCAGUUGGCGUGUGGGGAAAGAUAUGGAGGAUGUCAGUGUGUGGCUGGUACAACAGGCCAUGAAAGACAUGCAGAAUGAUUUCAAAACGCAUCCUGAACCGAAGACAUGA